CACUAUGAGACCCUCCUGGGCAGCAGAGUUUGUCUCCACCUGGCAGCAGCUGCCUGGGGCUCUGGGGCUCUCACUGCUCUGCUGCACACAGCCAAUACAUUUUCCCUGCCCCUCUGCCAGGGCAUUGCUGUGGACCAGUUCUUCUGUGAAGUCUCUCAGAUCCUCAAGCUCUCCUGCUCCACAUCCUACCUCAGGGAACUUUGGCUUAUUGUGGCCAGCGUCUGUUUAUACUGUGUCUGUUUUGUGUUCCUUGUGGUGUCCUAUGUGCAGAUCUUCAGGGCAGUGCUGAGGAUCCCCUCUCAGCAGGGACGCCACAAAGCCUUUGCUACCUGCCUCCCUCACCUGGCUGUGGUCUCCCUGUUUCUCACCACUGGCUUCUUUUCCUACCUGAAGCCCUCCUCCAUCUCCUCCCCAUCCCUGGACUUGGUGGUGUCAGUUCUGUACUCAGUGGUGCCUCCAUACAGAGUAGGCCUUGUCCAAGUACCAACUGUUGUCUUCAUGCCAUCCCAGUAUUGUCCGAGUUAUGUUCCAGAAACUGGAUCCAAAGGCAUCACCCAUGAGCUGAACGGGAGAAGUGAGCAGACGACGCGUCCAUCCCCUACACUGCAGGUCAGUGGGUCAGAAGAAAGGUAUUCCAACAGAAGCGAUAGAUGGGCUAUCCACAAGGCAAUUAGAGGUGAUUUUGAGUUGCUGGCGAGAGCCCAAGGAGAGGGCUGA